GGGCCCGCGCCCAGCCCGCGCCGGCAGCGCCCCCAGACCCGCCCGCAGGCGGCGCGGCGAUGCCCCGAGGGCGCCCGGGCCCCGCGCCCAGCCCGCGCACCCCCGCCUGCCCCCGGGCCCCUCGGGCGGCGGCGGCCGGGGAGGAGCUCCGAGCGCCCCGGGCACCCGCCGGCCCGGGAGCCCCGGCCCCGCGCGCGGCCGCCCGCCUCCCCCCUCCAGCCCCCCGCCAGCCGGCAGGAGGAAAUAGCGCACGGCCCCUUUAAAUUUACCCAGGAGCCCUCCCCGGAGCCCCAGGGGCCCCAGACAGGAAUCCCCACCCCGGUGCAGCCGCGCCACAGCCGCCGCCGCCGCCCGCCCAGCAGCAUGGAGCCCGGCGGGGACCUCCGCGGCCGGGGCGGCGGCAGGGGCGGCGCGGGGCCCGCGGGGGCCUCGGCGCGGGGCCGACGGCUGCCGGCCUGCGGAGCGAGCGGCGGCGCGGAGCCCGAGGACGACGACGGCGGGCAAGAUCUCCAGCUGGAAGGGGGCGCCUUGGGGUCCUGGGGGAGCGCCCCCCUGCCCUCCCCCAAGGCCAGGGCUUCAGUGGCUUCAGGCAGGAAGUACGCGGACCACAGUGAGGCCCGGGCCUCUCGGCCUGGGAAGAGCCGUAUCCCCGGUCGAGACCACCGGCGCUACUACCACGACCACUGGCGGCUGGAGUACCUGAUGGACUUCAACCCCGCUCGGCACGGCAUGGUGUGCAUGGUGUGUGGGAGCUCACUGGCCACGCUCAAGCUCAGCACCAUCAAGCGCCACAUCCGCCAGAAGCACCCCUACUCCCUGCACUGGAGUCCCCGAGAGAAGGAGGUCAUCAGCAACAGCUGGGACGCCCACCUGGGGCUGGGGGCCUGCGGAGAGGCGGAGGGCCUGGGAGCCCCGGGGGCCGAGGAGGAAGAGGAGGAGGAGGAGGAGGAGGAAGAGGAGGGGGCCAACCUCCAGGCUAGCUCACCCAAGGGCCCAGGCAAAGCCCUCGCUGAGGGGGGCAGCCGGUGCCAGCGACUGGGGGGCCUAGCGGCCCCCCGCGCCCGGCGGCGGCGGCGGCGGCGGCACCGGGGCCUCUCCCCGGCCUCCCGGAGGGCUGGGGGCAGCCGGGGGCUGGGGGCCCGGCGCCUGGAGCGGAGGCUGAAGGAGUCCCUGCAGAACUGGCUCCGGGCCGAGUGCCUGGUGGACUACGACCCGCGGGGGAACCGGCUGGUGUGCAUGGCCUGUGGCCACGCGCUGCCCAGCCUGCACCUGGACGACAUCCGCGCCCACAUGCUGGAGGCGCACCCCAGCUCCCUGGGGCUCAGCGGCCCCCAGCGCCGCGCCCUGCUGCAGGCCUGGGGGGGCCAGUCCGAGCCCCUGCCGGAGCUCAGCCAGCCCCCAGCAGGCGACGGCCCGCUGUCCCCCGGGGAGCCGUCGGAGCGGCCGGUCGAGGAGGAGGAAGACGACGAGUCGGGCCCGGAGCCCCGGGGCUUGGCCUUCCCGCCGCCCCCGCCGCCUCCCCCGCCGCCUCCCCCGCCGCCCCGGAGCCGCGAGCAGCGGCGGAACUACCAGCCGCGCUGGCGGGGCGAGUACCUGAUGGACUACGACGGCAGCCGGCGCGGGCUGGUGUGCAUGGUGUGCGGGGGCGCGCUGGCCACGCUCAAGGUGAGCACCAUCAAGCGCCACAUCCUGCAGGUGCACCCCUUCUCCAUGGACUUCACGCCCGAGGAGCGCCAGACCAUCCUGGAGGCCUACGAGGAGGCGGCGCUGCGCUGCUACGGCCACGAGGGCUUCGGGCCGCCCGCACCCGCGCCCCGCGACGGCGCCCCGGACCUCAAGGCGGGCGCCGUGUGCCGCGCGUAGCGGGCGCCCCCUGCCGGCCGGGCGGACACGGGCCCGCGCUCCCGCUCCCGCUCCCGGGGCCGCCGCGGCGCCUGCACCCGAGCUGCCGAGCCUGGCCGGCAGGGGGCGCCGACUGUCAGUAUUAGGGGGCGGGGCGGGGCCGCGCUGUGCUGCGAGGCUCCCGGGUGGGUCUUGCCGGAGCUCCGGGCGCCGUCCCCGAGGCCCACGGGGCCGGGGUGGGGGCUGGAGCCUGGCCGGAGCCCCGCAUCCCCGCCGCUCGGACCCUGGUUUUGUAACGGGAUCAGCACUUUUUCUCUCCUUUGCUCCCCUCCUGCUCGGCGA